AGCCCUGUGCAGACACCUCGGUGCUCGCCGGUGUCACAGGCAGCCGGGGUGGCCUUGGGGGGCUGUUCCGAGGAGCAGAGGGGUGCAGGGAGUCCAUCAGCAGCGUGUUCCGGGGAUUUGGACCAUGGUCCCGGAGGUGCAGGCAGCGUCUUCCCUCUGUCCAGCACGCAGUGACGGGGAGCCCCGGAGGGGAAAUGCAUCCUGAAUGGGGCUGAGGCCCCCUGCUCGGGAAUAUGCAGCCUCGGCACCGCGGGGGCAGCACCGGGGCCGGAGCGCGGCGGGAUGGUGGCAACCUUCAAGAUCGCCGUGCUGGGAGCCCAGGGCGUGGGCAAGAGCGCCAUAGUCCGGCAGUUUCUGUACAACGAGUUCAGCGAGGUCUGCGUGCCCACCACGGCCCGCCGCGUCUACCUGCCCGCCGUGGUCAUGAACGGCCACGUGCACGACCUGCAGAUCAUGGACUUUCCCCCCAUCACCGCCUUCCCUGUCAACACCCUGCAGGAGUGGGCAGACGUGUGCUGCAGGGGGCUCCGGAGUGUCCAUGCCUACAUCCUGGUCUAUGACAUCUGUUGCUUUGACAGCUUCGAGUACAUCAAAACCAUCCGCCAGCAGAUCCUGGAAACGAGGGUCAUCGGCACCUCGGAGACGCCCAUCAUCAUCGUGGGCAACAAGCGGGACCUGCAGCGGGGCCGGGUCAUCCCGCGCUGGAACGUCUCCAACCUGGUGAAAAAGACCUGGAAGUGCGGCUACAUCGAGUGCUCGGCCAAGUACAACUGGCACAUCCUGCUGCUCUUCAGCGAGCUCCUCAAGAGCGUGGGCUGUGCCCGCUGCAAGCACGUCCACACCACCAUCCGCUUCCAGGGCGCGCUGCGCAGGAACCGCUGCACCAUCAUGUGAGCCCAGGGGCCCCCCAAACCCGGGGAUGGCUCUGCUGCACCAUCAUGUGAGCCCAGGGGCCCCCCAAACCCGGGGAUGGCUCUGCUGCACCAUCAUGUGAGCCCAGGGGCCCCCCAAACCCGGAGAUGGUUCUGCUGCACCAUCAUGUGAGCCCAGGGGCCCCCCAGACCUGGGGAUGGUUCUGCUGCACCAUCAUGUGAGCUCCCCCUGCCCAGGGACCCCCAAACCCGGGGAUGGUUCUGCUCCCCGGGCAGUGGGAGUUGUGCUGGAGGCACCUCCGGGCUUGCUGAGGUGACAUUUGGGGACAUUUGGCACCUCGGGCAGGGUGUGCAGGGGGAUCGUGAGGAGUGAGGGAUGGCCCUGAGCUCUCUCCAAGCCUGCAGUGCUUGAGGCCAAAGCCAUGCCAGGGGCCCUGGAGGGUGGAGGAGGUGCCCAAAUUUUUGGCUGUCACUUCAUCCUUACCAGUUCCUGCCCUGGCAGCACGGGGGCAGCUCCUGGUGCUGCCUGCCCACCAUCACCUGCUCCUGGAAGGGAAUUAUCCAGCCCCUGUAUCCCAGUGUUCUGGGGCUGCUUCUGUCUCUGGGGCACAGGGAAACGGGAGUUCUGCUUUUCCCCUUGUGGAGCUGGGGUUUCUCCCUGUGGAGGGCACAGCAGCCAGGUUACAUGGGCUGUCUUUUGGCUCGGCCAGGUCAGAUCUCCAGGUGGAAUUUCUGGAUGAAAGCAAGAAAGGGGGAAAAAAAACCAAGUCCCAGUCCUGCUCCUGACAUCCCCAGGAGCUGGGUUCUGCCUUCCCAGGGCCCUGAGCUCCCCUCUGCCCCAGCACAGCCCCAGCACAGGAAGGCUUCUCCUCUCCCAGCCUGUGAACACCAAAUAACCUGGGAACGCUCCUUGCCGGGCAGGUCACCCCUCUGCUACCUCUGCUCCUGGGCUCAGCAGGUGACCAGCUUUGCAGGGCUCCACCCCAGCCCUCGGGGUGUCCCGGGCAGGUGGGCACCCCCUGUGCCCCCUGUGCCCCCUGUGCCCCCUGUGCCCCCGGCAGUGCCACCAAGUCCGGGGUUUCCCACAGGGAUGUUGCCUCGGCAGCAACAGGGAGCUGGAGCAGCACUUCCAGCUGCAUUCUUGGGGUUUUUUUUCCUCUCUGCAUAUCCCUAAUAGGAAAGUGAGCUCCACUUUUUUUGGGUUUUAAUUAUUGUUUUUUAAUCUUUUGGUUUGUGUUUGCACCAGAGCUGCAGCUCGCCUGCAUCCUGCCCGGCAGGGUGGGUUGGCAAAGGGCAGCCCCUGCUAGGAAAUGGUGAUGGGGUGGUGAAGGGAGAGCAAGAGGCCGAGAGGGUCGUGGUUUCUCCAUGGCUGGUCCCUGUGAGACACAGGGAAACACCAUCCUCACCUGCUGAGGCAGGACCUGUGUCUGAUCCAUCCUCCAGCAAAACCAUCCCCGUGAUUGCUGCUGUCACACGGAGCUGGAGGGGCUCAGCACCGCUCUGGGCAGCAGAACAGGACACCCAGCCCUCCCUGCCACCACAGCCAGGUGUCCAUGGCCCAGCAGCUCCACCGUGCUCUUGGAAUUGCUUCCCACUAAAGGCAGCUCCAGCUGAGCUCCAGUGCCUCUGACCACCCCAUCCCUGUGCCAGGGCUGGGGGUACAUCCUGCUCCUCCCUCCCUGCUUGGGGAAUCAAACCCCUUGCUCCAAAAUUUAAAAAUAAAUAAAAGGGAAAAAUUAGGAAAGGCAACGGGGGGACACGAGUCCAUCUCAGCCAGGAGGGGCAGUGGCACUUGUCACCACCCCUCGCCUUCAUGGCAAACCUGGCUCCCUGUCCAAGCUCAUCCUGACAGGAUUUAUUAACAUAUGUGAGUCCACUUAUCGAUCUCUGGCUAGAGCUUUACCCCUCCAAAUUGUCUGAGAAGGAAAUUCCUUGGUAAAUGCUAAUAAUAAAGCAUUUCUAAAGUGCUCACAUGUACACAUAUCAACGACUAAGCCAAUACAUUGUUUGUUACAACCCUGUAGCCUGCAGUUUAUAGCACAAUUAGUUACAGGUUUUUAUAGCAUCUAUUUAGUAUUUUGAAGAAAAAAAAAGAAAAAAAAAGGUUAUAAAUAUAAUUGUUAUAUUCUAUUGUACUUUAUAGACAGAGGAAGUUAUAUUAGUAAUAACAACAACUCUCACUGCUUCGACAGCGUCUCCCAGCUCCUGGAAAAACGAGGGCUACAAAGAGCUCCUCUCCCCAGAGCCCAGGGAGGGGUGGGUGGUGCUGGUGGCACCCUGGGUGCAGCCAGGGAACCCCAGGCAGGCAGAUCCCAGGUGUCCAGGCGCAGGGAUUGGAGCACGAGCACCCUGCGGCCCCUACUCACACCUUACUACAGAUUUACCACUCACCCAACGCCCCCCCGGUCCUGCUGAGAGCAGCCUGGGCCUGGCACAGGCUGGCACGGCCCCACUGCUGUGCCCAGGGCAGUGCCAGGUCCCUGCCCCCGUGCUCCUGGAGGUGAUGCCUGGGUUCGGUUCGGCCCCACCAAGGAUGCUCCCCUCUCCUCCUCCUCCUCCUCCUGCCCCGCUGAGCAUCCCAGUUGCCUGGACUUGGCUUCCCUUCCCCCCCUGGACUCCUUGUUGGAGAUUCCCGAGGUGUCUGCACCGCCUGUGACGCCCUGCACCUCCUUCUUUGAAAUUGAAUUAAAAAUCAGGUCUGUCCCCUUG